AGGAGAACUUCCAUGGCCGCACGGUAGGUUUUUUUUUUUUUUUUAAUGGAUCGUAUCAUAUAGGUAUGUAAAGUAGGUGGAUCGUCCAUUCUAAUAAUGCUGUAAACAGAUGACGGCGGUGACUCUAUCCACUGAUCCAGAGUCCAAAGAUAACUACGGGCCGUACGUGCCUAAUAUCGGUGCUGUUUCCCCUUCGACCGGAAAACCUAUCCGGUACAACAAUGCAGAUGACUUGGAGGAAGUGUUCAAAGCUCAUGGGAAGGAAACUGCUGCAUUCAUAGUGGAGCCCAUUCAGGGAGAGGCAGGAGUAGUGGUUCCCGAUGACGAUUACUUGGUCAAGGUCCAUGCGCUUUGCAAGGAAUACAAUGUGCUUCUGAUCUGUGAUGAGAUUCAGACGGGUAUUGGUCGCACAGGACGUAUGCUAUGUUCUGAAUGGGCAGGCAUCAAGCCAGACAUGAUUACGUUGGGAAAAGCUAUCUCUGGUGGCAUGUAUCCCGUCAGCUGCGUCCUUAGUAGUAAAGAUAUCAUGCUUGUCGUCGAGCCGGGGACCCACGGCUCGACGUACGGCGGAAAUCCACUAGGCUGCGCAGUCUCUAUACGUGCUCUCGAGCUCAUGGAAGAAGAGAAGCUUACCCAGAAGGCCGAGAAACUUGGUAACAUCUUCCGCGACGGUCUGGCGGCAUUUAAGUCGCCAAUUAUCAAGACCAUCCGCGGAAAGGGACUACUAAAUGCCGUCGUGAUCGACGAAUCAAAGGCGAAUGGCCAUUCUGCGUGGGACCUAUGCGUUCUCCUUAAGGAAAAGGGACUAUUGGCUAAACCGACACAUGGGAAUAUCAUCCGAUUCGCACCGCCAUUGGUCAUUUCGGAAGCGCAGCUUCGAAAGGCCAUGUCCAUCAUUGGUGAUGCAUUGCAGGAGUUACCAACGAUGAAAAAACAUGAGGACGUCCACGUCGAACUGGAGAAUUAAUUGAUUUGAUUUGAUUUCUUUCGCCGCGGCAUGCCCUCCUCCCUCCACCCCCAUUAUCGACACCCUGCAAUCUUUCUUAGUUUCGUAUCAAAUAAAAUAACGGGAUUGGGCGGCCAUUGGGAAUUGGGACCACGGACUCGAUGAACCGUUUUGUUGGCAAGGCGCACAGCAUUUGCGACUUAUGGGACAAAGUGGAAAAAGGGUGGUAAGAAAGUGCGAGGUUACUUUUUACCUGGUACGUGCGGUACAUACAUUCACACACAUAGUAAACAAGUCGGAAAUCAAGGGUGGUGUGGUGGUGUCCUGCAACCCUGCUGAACCUAUAAGAUUCAAUGCUUGACCGACAAGGUUGGUUAUUCUUCUAUCUACCCAGAAUACUACGUAAAAAAAGCUUCCAUAAGACCCUGUAUGACUCUGUUCUAGAGGGCUAGAAAGCUGCAGGGGGUCUUCUCAUGACCAAAAGACUAUGUAUGGAAUGGGAUGAAAUGUGAUGGGAUGGGAUAGGACGGAUGUAUGUAUACACUAAUACCUUCCCAUAGCUUUAGAAGAUGGUUAAUUUCGUCUUUCCCAGGUUCUAAACCGCCAAUCUGGCAAAUGCGGGGACCAUGUGUUGCGGCAAUGCGCAUCUUGGGUUGUGGAUAUCGGUUGCUUGGCUUGGCUGGUAGUAAUGGGUAGCAUUGGUAGUUAUAGCAAUUACUGUUAAUGGGACAGCUUUGAUACGAA